AUGCUGGAAUCUGUAAAAUGUAUAAUUUUGGUACUGUCGGGAAAAGGUGGUGUUGGAAAAUCAACUGUUAGUACCCAAUUGGCUCUAACUCUUAAAGAAAAGGGAUUUAAGGUUGGUCUACUGGAUAUUGAUUUAUGCGGACCAAGUGUGCCGUAUAUUUUAAAUUUAGAAGGCGAAAGUAUUCACCAAGGAGCUGCAGGAUGGGUCCCAGUAUAUUUAGACAAGGAGCAACGAUUAGGUGUAAUGUCCAUUGGUUUUCUUUUGAAGUCUCGUAAUGAUGCCAUUGUUUGGAGAGGACCCAAGAAAACCGCAAUGAUUAAACAAUUUCUUGAAGAUGUGGAUUGGCAAGAACUUGAUUUCCUAGUAAUUGACACACCUCCAGGAACUUCAGAUGAACACAUUGCGGUAAUGGAAAAUCUACGUCAAGCCCCUCAGUGCUCAGCAAUUUUGGUAACCACACCACAGGAAGUAGCCAUAGAGGAUGUUAGAAAAGAGAUAACAUUCUGUCAUAAAACAAAAAUUCCAAUAUUAGGUAUAAUAGAAAAUAUGAGUGGAUAUCAAUGUCCAAACUGCAAUGAAUGCACCAAUAUAUUUUCAAGUGGAGGUGGAAAAUCACUUGCGGAAAUUGCUAAAAUUCCUUUCCUAGGUACCUUACCUAUAGAUCCUCGAGUGGGGAAACUUGCAGGAAUAGGUAUUGCCGCAGUGAAAGAACUACCUGAUUCAGACACAAGCAAAGUAUUCAAUCACCUAGCUACUCUAUUAUCUACAACAACACAUAAUGGCUCA